CGUAGCCUCCUGCCGGCGCUCCAAUUUUUGAGUUUAAUCAUCCUAUUUUCAUCGAUAUGAUAGUUUGUGUCGUCGGAGUCGAAAUAGUAAAAUCAUCACAAUCCCACAGGAAAUAGCAGACUCAAUAAAUAAAUGUUUCUUACGGCGCCAGGAGUUACGUCUUCUCUUCCAAUGGGUGACACAUACCAGCAACAGCAGGGCCAGCAGGUGAAUUGCGGUUCGAAUGUGCUGGUCCAUUUUCCGUUUCCGGCGUAUGACUGCCAGGAGGAGUACAUGCGGAAAGUGGUGCAAGCGUGCGAAAACCGGCAGAAUGCGCUGCUUGAGUCGCCUACCGGCACCGGGAAAACGUUGUGUCUGCUUUGCGCCGUCUUGGCCUGGCGUGACGGGUACGCGGAGCGAAACGCCAGCAAGAUUGCGACGAGGCAGCAAGAAGACAAAGCUUACCACGCGUGGACGGACGACGCGGCCGCAAAAGACCUGCAGGACACCCUCCCGCGGAUUUUCUACACCUCCCGCACGCACAGCCAGCUCAAGCAGGUCACCAAGGAGCUGAAAAAGACCGGGUACCGACCGCGCGCCGCCGUCAUCGCGGGGCGGGAACAGCUCUGCGUGCACCCGCUGGUCAGCAAACAAAAGGGCAUGAAGCAGUCCGCGAUGUGCGGACAGUUCUGCGCCAACACGCGACACAACAAGAAGCAGCAGAACGCGGGCCCUUCCUACUCGAUUUCAAAUCUCGGCAGCGCCAGCGCUGCACCAAGUAGUGCGGGCGGCACUUGCAGCUACUACAUGUCGGUGUUCACCAAGCGGUACCAGGCUGUUCUAGGCGACACUUCUCUGCUGGACAUCGAGGAAUUGCAGAAGGUUUGCCGCGACAACUACUUAAGAAACGAAGAAAAAGUCGAGAAGUAAGUUUAAGGGUGUGAUGAAGAUUCCGACCACGACGACUUUCACUUUUGCUUUUCAAAAGGAUCAAUGGUUUUAUUGCGUCGUCAGCAGACAUCGACGUGUUAGGUUGUUGAGGUAUUAGAUGUAGAAGGUCUUGUAAUAUUUAACCAGAAAGCAAAGCGAUGCAAUACUUUAUUUUGUCAUUCUCCGCACGAGAUCUCGUCGUAUUUUCGUUUUCAUACCUUGUUUGUCCGUUCUUCAAGUCUCGCGAGGACGCGAAGGAAGCGGUGUUGCUGAUGUGUCCGUACAAUUACGUGCUGGACCCGGUCGCGCGAAAUGCACUGGGCAUUUCUCUGCGGAAUGCCAUCGUUAUUUUUGAUGAGGGCCACAACAUCGACUCCAUCUGCGAGGCCACGCAGGGCUUCGAGCUGUCGCACCGUGACAUUGCCUUCGUCGAGUCGGAGAUCCUGGAUUGCGUCGGCGACGUGGAAGAGGGCGGUGCCCGGCACCUGGUGCACCACCCGGAGGACGCGGACACGGAGGGCGCGACGGCGGGGAAGAUCGCGAAGGAAGAGAUGCUGAUGCUGCUGGGAUUGUUGAAGCAGAAGGUGGUCAGCCUGGAGAAGGUCCUGUGCGAGAUCGACAUGCCGGAGCGCGACGCGAACAACAACACGACCGUGAAAAUCGGCACGAUUCGCGGGCAGGAAGGCGAGGAACUGAACAACGUCGGCUACCGGGAGCGGCUUUACCCCAAGGGGGCGGCGAUCUUGGACCUGUUCGAGGCCGCCGGCAUCACCGUCGUAGAGUACAAAGCGCUCAAGGACGCCUGCGACAAGGUGAUCUCGAUCAUCGCCAUGGCAAAGUCGCUUGGCGGCGCGGACGUGCACGGGCGGUCGGCCAAGUGCACGGAGAAGUUCCAGAAGAUCCUCAGUUCCCUCUUCGAAACCGAGAAGGCGUUCCAGCAGCACACCGCCGAGGGCGAGGGGAGUGGCGUCCUCGGUCCCGGUGCUCCUGCUGCUGCGUCGUUUGGCAUUAGCCGAAACGCGAAGAAGCAGCUUCAGGUUUCCGAGCAGGAUGUGGCGGAGAAAGCGCAGCGGUACCGCGAGGAAAAACGCAAGCUCCUGGACGAGCAUUUUCGGGUGCAGAUCAUAGAGCAGGUAAGAACUGCCACACCGCAGGACGGAGCCGCGGAGCCAGAUUUCAAGCGACGCAAGCGCAACAACGUGGGAUGGAACCUGGACAACGUCGCCGGCGACCGCGAGGAGUCCGACUUCCGGCGCACAUUGUUCUUUUGGUGCUUCACCUCAAAGCCCGCCAUGACGGACUUGCAAGACCAAGGCGUGCGAUCCAUCAUCAUCACCUCCGGGACGCUUUCGCCGCUAACGUCGACGAAAAAAUCCCUCGGCGUGCCCUUUAAUGUGGAGCUGAGCAACCGACACGUCAUCAAGCAGUCACAGGUGAUGGCCCAGGUGAUCCCGCGGGGCCCCACAAACCGCGAAUGGCUGGGCACGUUUCAGAACCGGCAGAACGCACAGAACUACGCCCAGUACCUGCAGGACCUGGGCAGCGGACUGGCCAACUUCGCGAAGGUGUGCCCCGCGGGGUUUCUCGUGGCCUUCUCGUCCUACUCGCUGAUGGAGCAGAUUUUGAAAAAUUGGACGGACAAUGGCAUCAAGCAGCGCAUAGAGAAGUCGAAAAAGGUGCUGUGCGAGCCGCGGAAACAGGCGGAGAUGCACAAAGUGUGGCAGGAGUACGUGGCGCUGUGCCAGGAGGGCGAGCCGGGCGCGGUGUUGUGCGCCGUCGCACGGGGAAAGCUGACCGAGGGGCUGGACUUCACGGAUCGGCAGUGCCGCCUGGUCGCGGUAGUGGGGCUGCCGUUUCCGUCGCUCUAUGACCAACGGGUGGUGCUAAAGCAGCAGUUCCUGCGCGAAACCAACCUGUGCGACCCGUCGGAGUGGUACUCGCAGCAGGCGCUGCGGGCCAUCAACCAGACCGUGGGCCGCGUGAUCCGGCACCAGAACGACUACGGUGCGGUGCUGCUGUGCGACAAGCGGUUCUGCAACCACACGAACCACUCGCAGCUGUCCUCCUGGUUGCAGGGUUCCCUGCGGCUUCCGGACGCGCGUAACGAGUACCGCGGCUCGUUCGGGAAGGCGUUCAAGGAGGUGCACGCGUUCUUCGAGCACUUCAAUCCGCAAAGUGACGCCACAAGAAGAGGCACCACGAGCAGUACAGCGAAGGCUGACGUCGGAGCUCUCGCCGCACAGCUCGCGGGCGGAGACGUCAUCGCGGGAAGCAACGGCCAGCUUUCAUCGUCCUAUGAUUCCGGCGCCAACGGAUCCUCGUUGGCCAACCACCUGCCGCUCCUCCACGACGACCGGCACCAGCUAUCCAGAGAAAAAAACCCAUCCACAUCCAUUUUUUGCUUGACAAGCACGGAAUUUUAUGUAUGUUUUGCAUGACAAAUUGGAUGUGGAUGGGUUUUUCUCUGUGGAUACCAGCGAUCAUUUCUCACCAAGGAAGUUACCGCAGCCGGACCCGCUGGCGGCUUGGAGCAGGACGCCUUGCACGCACACCAACCGUCAGCAUCGAGCCCUUACAAUAGGGCGCUCAGGAUUCGUGCGAGCGACCGGUUAGAGAAGCAAGGGUGGAUGGAUUUGGUGAAGCAAGUGCUCGACGAAGACGACUUCGAGGAGCUUUCGACCGAGUGUUUGCCCGGUCUGCGGAAGCAAAUUCCCAUGAUCCUGCAACUCGUGAAAGCUAACCCGGCACUGCAAAUUUCAUUAACGAACAAGAAACCAAACGUAAUUUCAGCGGACACGCAGCACAAUAGUGGCGCUUCAGCUGGUAUGAGCUCAGCGAUCAAGAGCACAGCAGCGGCCCAGAGCGAGGCAAUAGAGCAGCAUCCAGCGAUUCGGCAGUACAAAGCGACAAUUCAGCAAAUCCGCACGUUGCUGCUUCCAGCGAUUUGUGUGGACAACGAGACGGAUACAGCCCGGCGUCGACAGCUGGUGUUCAACUUUCGGCAGUUUUUGCAUCCUAAGUUUCGCAGCUUCUGGCGCGCGGACUGCGAGCGCUGGAUUCGCGAAAAACGCAUCGGGGCCUGGGCUGAAGACAUCUUUGUUAGUGGGGAAUUAUAGCUGAAGCCGGAGAUUCUGACGACCAUGAGAUCGAGGGUUACAACAGGCACAUGUUGGAAUGAUUAUCGGGGCGCCGAAGGGUGUGUCGUUUUAAGUCCAAGACCGACGUGUGAUGAAAAACAAAAAUAAUGAAUCGCGAAGUUGUAUAUGAUUAAUCAUUCAGAUUAAUAUCAAGAACUUCAACUGCAGCGUCGUUGUUGAGCACGAUGAGUGUUGUUGCAUGCAUAGAUAUCAUACGGAGGACGGACGAGUAAGCUUAAGCAUCAAGGAAGCUUGAAUAAAACAAAAUCGAACUAUAUCAAUCUGAACCAACGUUCCAGUUGUGGCAACGAUAACGAAGCAGCACGAAAUUGCCGAAGUUCGGGUUCGUGGGUGACAAGAAAAUAUCGGCCUGAUGGUGAUGUCAUUUCUGAUUCCUUCGAUAAAGACGCUCGACUCUCGUCGAGAUUCGAAUUGGUCUCCAAUCAUGUUGUUGCAGUGUAUGUUUCAGUAAUUGUACUAGUUUUUGUUGUUGCCUCACAAUGACCUGCGUCGAGUUUCAUUCCUUCGUUGUCAAAACAGUGUCGUGGCCUAACAU